CACCGUGAGAGGGUAAAAAAAAAACAGAUCUGCCAUGAGUGAGGAACUCGAGCGGGACUACGAGAUCGGGGAGGAGAUCGGGCGCGGCCGCUUCGGCGUCGUCCGCCGCUGCGCGUCCCGCUCCUCCGGCGACCUCUACGCCGUCAAGUCGGUCGACCGCUCGCGCCUCGCCGACGACCUGGACCGCGGCCUGGCCGAGCUGGAGCCCAAGCUGGCGCAGCUGGCCGCCGCGGGCAACCCGGGCGUCGUGCAGGUGCACGCGGUGUACGAGGACGAGGCGUGGACGCACGUGGUCAUGGACCUCUGCGCCGGCCCCGACCUGCUCGACUGGGUCCGCCUCCGCCACGGCGCGCCCGUCCCGGAGCCCGAGGCCGCCGCCGUGGCCGCGCAGCUCGCCGAGGCCCUCGCGAUCUGCCACCGCCGCGGCGUCGCGCACCGCGACGUCAAGCCGGACAAUGUGCUCCUCGACGCCCCCGACGGCGGGGACGGGCCCGUGCGGGCCCGGCUCGCGGACUUCGGGUCGGCGGCGCUGGUCGGCGGCGGGGAGGGCGCGCGGGGGCUGGUGGGCACGCCGCACUACGUGGCGCCCGAGGUGGUGGCGGGGGACGAGUACGGGGAGAAGGCGGACGUGUGGAGCGCCGGGGUGGUCCUCUACGUGCUCCUCACCGGCGGCGCGCUGCCCUUCAGCGGCGAGACGGCGUCGGACGUGUUCGCGGCCGUGCUGCGCGGGAGCCCCCGGUUCCCGCCGCGGCUGUUCGCCGGGGUGUCGCCGCUGGCCAAGGACCUGAUGCGGCGCAUGAUGUGCCGCGACGUCUCCCGGAGGUUCUCCGCGGAGCAAGUCCUCCGGCACCCGUGGAUCGUGAGCGGAGGGGGCGCCCGAGAGGCGGUGCAGCCGACCUGAGGGGCCCGUAGCCGGCCCGGCCCGGCCCACGUACGUCGACUCUUCCUCCCGUGGAGACAACGUGUCUAGCGUCCUUGUAUAUGCGACGAGAGUGUGCGAAGUACGUACUGGUAGUACUAGUAGAGAGAGAGCUUUGGGGUACCAUUGUAUAAAUCCGGAGUGCCGAGGUGCCAGCCAGGGUUUGGCUCUAGGAGCUAGUAUCUUUUUUUUCUUCUCCUUUUUUCUUGCUGGGCUUUUUUUUGCUGCCUUGGUUAGAGAACGCCUGCCUGUUCGGUUUCUGCGUGUGCUGGGAUAUGCUGCCUGCCGCUCAUGUACAAACUAACCUGCUUGCUUGCUUGUAUAAAGUCUACUAUAAAUAAGAUUGAUCUUUGUUCCGUUUUC